UCCCGAAGUCAGUGUGUCGACUUGAGGAAGGCAUUCCCACCCCCCCGAGAUGGCGUCCACGCUCCCAACAACCGGGGCCCAGGGACCAAUGCUGUUUGAGGAUCUGGCUGUGUUUUUUUCUCAAGAGGAGUGUGUGAGUCUGCACUCUGCCCAGAGGCCCCUCAGCAGAGACACUGCACAGGAGUGUUCCGAGGAUAUGGCCUUGAUGGGAGCGGAAGGCAAGACUGAGAUUACUCAGCAUUUAAAUCUAGACUCUACAGGAGUUGAAGAACUUGCCCCAGAAAACUCCUCCGUUGCUGUGCCCCUUCUCGGUUACCCAGAAAAAUCUUCUGACACUGAAGGUAGAGACUCUGAAAGGAGAGGAUCAGGUGGAACUCCUGCUUGCAAGAAAAGGUUCAUAAGCCUAUCGGUUACCAUUGAAAACCAUACCCCAUUCAUAGAACUUUCUCAGUGUUUGGGAACUACAGCACUUUCUGAAAUUCUUGAAUUUCCUAGGGAAGAAGCUGGAGAUUUAUAUACAUGUCCUGAAUGUGACCAAAGCUUCAAUGAUAAUUCAUGCCUUGUUUUGCAUCAGAGAACUCAGUCAGGACAGAAAAAGUAUAAAUGUGGUGACUGUGGGAAGAUUUUCAAUCACAGAGCCAACCUAAGGACACACAGGAGAAUCUACACUGGCGAGAAGCCUUGUAAGUGUGCUGAGGGUGGCAGCAGCUUCCGCCAGCACUCACAUCUGUCUCGGCACACGAAUAUCUGCAUAAAGGAGAAACCCCACACAUGUGGCAUCUGUGGGAGAGGUUUUAUGUGGCUCCCAGGAUUGUCACAGCAUCAGAAAGCCCAUGCUGCCAAAAAAGCUUAUGAAUGUACCGACUGUUGUAAAUGUUUUGGUCAGAAAACAAAUCUUGCUUUGCACAAGGAAACGCACAUGUCAGCCACCCAGGACCGGUAUGCUCAGUGUGUGAAGGCUCAGUGUGAGCAGCCCUCACACCCUGUCCUCCCCACGCAGGGCCAUGAGGACGACUCUGAGGAUGACUCUGAACACUUUGGUGACUGCGGGGAAAAUUUGCUUUUGUUCUCAAAAUUCAAACCCUUAAAAUGUCCCGAGUGCAUGAUGACCUUCCUCCGUGUCUCUGAGCUUAUUUCGCAUCAGAGCAUUCACAGAGGGGAAAAGCCCCAUCAACGUAAAACAAAUGCAGAAAGCUUUAUUUUGGACUCAGAGCUUGCAUGCCACCGGAAGAGCCACACAGGAGAGGAACCUUUUAAAUGUACCACGUGUAAGAAAAGUUUCAGGUUGAAUAGAAAUCUUGUUACUCAUCAGCAAACCCACAAGAAAACCACCAUGUAAAUAUAGCCAGUAUGCAUUCCCACUCUGCUUUUCCAUAUCUGUACUGAAAACUGGGGAAUAGUUGUCCUUUACAUGCCAGGCACCUGAUACACAUUCCAUGCCCUGCACCCCACCCUUGCUUUGGGUACUGUGAUUUCUACUUUAGAACCAAGGGAGCAUAAUCACUGUCCCCGCCAGUGAAUGAAGCCAGGAUUCUAACUCAGGAACUCACCCACUGUUCAGAUACCAUUUGUAUGAACCAGAUAAUGAUACAGAACUUUUUUUUUUUAAUUCAGUUUUCAUUAAAGUGAAAGUUUUGCUGGAGUUCUUUUAAUUUUCUUACAUGGUUUGUUCACUUUUAGAAGGAGGAGAAUUUUAUCUUAUUUUUUGCCAGGUCUGCAGAUCUCCUGUCUAGGAAAGUAGUACAUCUGUGUGUUAGACUUUUUUGGGGCUGUAACUGUCUGAAUGUAACAUUUGUUCUAAGACCUGAUAUUUCAUGUGUUAAUUUCUGAAGUGAUUUGGAAGCUUGUAUUUCUGGUAUGGAAAUAGUUUGGUGGUUAUGAUGCUAAUUAGUAUCUGUGGAGUUCCCU